AUGGCUUCAUCGGAUAAAACACCAGCUCCUUCGCUGGCCGGAGGCGAGCAGAUUCUGCCGGGGAAGCCGAUGUCGGUGGAACAGCAGUUGCUGGACAAAGGAGCUCAGAUAUUGCAGUCUCUGAAGCCUGUGAAACAGAUAAACCAGCAUGUGUGCACUUUUGCCUUGUAUGGCCAUGACAUGACCCGCCAGAUUGAGACUCACCAUUACGUGACUCGGAUCAACCAGGACUUCCUCCAGUGUGCAGUUUACGACACCCACGACUCCACCGGCCGUCUAAUCGGCGUGGAAUAUAUAGUAUCUGAUCGCAUCUUUGAGAAGUUAUCACCGGAGGAGCAGAAGCUCUGGCAUUCUCAUGCUUAUGAGAUAAAAUCAGGUCUCUGGGUAUAUCCGAGAGUUCCCGAGACGGUCGUGAAGCCUGAGCUUGAAAAUCUUGCCAAAACCUAUGGCAAAUUCUGGUGCACUUGGCAAGUUGACAGAGGUGAUAGGUUGCCCAUGGGUGCACCAGCACUGAUGAUGUCCCCACAACCAGUGAACUGGGGCAUUAUCACUCCAGAUCUGGUAAAAAAGAGGGAUGAGAAGUACAAUAUAUCAAGUGAUAAUCUGAAGAUUUCCAGGGUGGAGAUUCCAGAGCCAGAAUGGAUCAAUCCGAAUGCAGACUACUGGAAACAGGAUGGAAAGGGUUUCGCCAUUGAUAUUGAGCCGACCGAGAUGAAAACAGGGGCACCCUUUCCAUGA